UCGGCGUGGAAUUAUGAGCCGGUUACAGCUGCCGGCGGCUGGGGCUCGCGUGCAUCCUACGGGCUUUGCCCCCGCGGCAGGGCUCCUGUCACACACCUCCCGCUUCUUCCCCUGCAACCGACAUUUCGGUAACGCUGGCGUCCCGGCAGCCGCUGGUUUCCGGGCUCGGACUCUUCCUCUGGCGCCGGGGUUAGCGUAAUCUGGCCUCGCUCCUUCUCCUGGGGUCAAUCCCGUCCCCCCGCUCUCUGUCUGGGCACCCCCUCGCUGCCCAUCCCCUCAGGUCUCCGCCCGUUCCGCUGCCCCCCUCCAACUCCCUGUUCACUCUGCUUCGGCCCCCUUCCCGCGCGUCACUCUCCUCCCCCCCCGCGCGGCUCCCCUCACGAGUGGGCAGAGUGUGUGUGUGAGGCCGGGCUUCCCCGGUCAGCCCCCUCCCCGGGGCGCUGUUGAUUCAUCAGGCUGCCUAGUGAUCCGCGUGCAUUGACUUGUAUGUAUCGCUCCCCGCGCCGGCGGCUGCUGCUCCUGCCGCCGCCGCCCGAGCGAGCCCCGUGUCUCCCGUCGCGUGGCUGAGCUCCACCAAACAUGUCGGCUCCUGUCGGGCCGCGGAGCGGCCCUGCUCCUCCUCAGCCUCCUGCACCUCAGGCCCCGCAGUCGGAGCUGCCCGACCUCAGCCACCUCACGGAGGAAGAGAGGAAGAUCAUCCUGGCUGUCAUGGAGCGGCAGAAGAAGGAGGAAGAGAAGGAGCAGUCCGUGCUCAAGAAAUUGCAUCAACAAUUUGAAAUGUAUAAGGAGCAGGUGAAGAAGAUGGGUGAAGAAUCACAGCAGCAGCAGGAGCAGAAGAGUGAUGCCCCCACCUGUGGUAUCUGCCACAAAACAAAAUUUGCUGAUGGCUGUGGCCAUAACUGUUCAUAUUGCCAAACUAAAUUCUGUGCUCGUUGCGGAGGAAGAGUGUCUUUACGCUCAAAUAAGGAGGACAAAGUGGUAAUGUGGGUAUGUAACUUGUGCCGAAAACAACAAGAAAUCCUCACAAAAUCAGGAGCUUGGUUCUACAACAGUGGAUCAAAUACACCACAGCAGCCUGAUCAAGAAUGUAUUAGAGGGUUGCGGAAUGAGGAAGCACCUCAGGAGAAAAAAGCAAAGCUGCAGGAACAGUCCCAGUACCAAGGACCCUCAGGUGACAUAUCAACACCAGCUUUGGACAAAAGUAGAUCUCAAGUGCUCACAAGACAAGACUCAAUUAAAAAUGGUUCAGGAGUGAAGCACCAGGUAGCAAGUGACACAACUUCAGACAGGAAAAGAAGCCCAUCAGUAUCGAGAGAUCAGAAUAGAAGAUACGACCAAAGAGACGAGAGAGACGAAUAUUCACAGUAUGCUACAUCAGACAGUGCAAUGCCAAGGUCACCAUCAGAUUAUACCGAUAGGCGAUCACAGCGUGGGUCUCAGCUGUAUGAAGAACCUGAACUUGGUGACUACAGAGAUUCUAACAGAAGAAGUCACAGACGUUCCAAAGAGUAUUCUGUAGAGGAAGAUGAGUUGCAGAACAGAGAGGACUAUGAGAGGCAGAGGCGAGAAGAGGAGUACCAGGCACGAUACCGAAGUGAUCCUAAUUUGGCUCGUUAUCCUGUCAAACCACAACCAUAUGAGGAACAAAUGCGUAUCCAUGCUGAAGUAUCCCGAGCACGCCAUGAACGAAGACACAGUGAUGUCUCGUUGGCAAACACUGAACUGGAGGAGUCCCGGAUAUCUAUGCUGAGGAUGGAACGACCGUCAAGGCAAAGAUCUAUAUCUGAGCGCAGAGCUGCCAUGGAAAACCAACGUUCAUAUUCUGUGGAAAGAACUCGAGAGGCUCAGGGACCAAGUCCCAACCGUCAAAGGACAACAAAUCAUAGCCCUCCAACACCUAGGAGGAGUCCAGUUCCUCUCGAUAGGCCAGACAUGAGGCGCACUGAUUCAUUAAGGAAACAGCACCAUUUGGAUCCCAGUUCUGCUGUACGGAAAACAAAACGUGAAAAAAUGGAAACCAUGUUAAGGAAUGAUUCACUCAGCUCAGAUCAGUCUGAGUCAGUCAGACCUCCACCACCAAAGCCACACAAAACAAAAAAGGGAAGUAAAAUGCGUCAGGUUUCAUUGAGCAGCUCAGAAGAAGAAUUGGCUUCUACUCCAGAAUAUACGAGCUGUGAUGAUGUAGAGAUUGAAAGUGAAAGUGUUAGUGAAAAAGGAGACAUGGAUUACAACUGGGUGGACCAUACGUCUUGGCAUAGCAGUGAGGCAUCCCCAAUGUCUUUGCAUCCUGUGACCUGGCAACCUUCCAAAGAUGGAGACCGUCUAAUUGGACGGAUUUUAUUAAAUAAACGACUAAAAGAUGGAAGUGUGCCUAGAGAUUCAGGAGCAAUGCUUGGGCUGAAGGUCGUAGGAGGAAAGAUGACUGAAACUGGUCGGCUGUGUGCAUUUAUCACCAAAGUAAAAAAAGGAAGUUUAGCUGAUACAGUGGGACAUCUUAGACCAGGCGAUGAAGUGUUAGAAUGGAAUGGAAGGCUAUUGCAAGGAGCCACCUUUGAGGAGGUAUAUAACAUCAUUUUAGAAUCCAAGCCUGAGCCACAAGUGGAGCUUGUCGUUUCAAGGCCGAUUGGGGAUAUUCCCAGAAUACCUGACAGUACACAUGCACAACUGGAGUCCAGUUCUAGUUCAUUUGAAUCUCAAAAAAUGGACCGACCGUCUAUUUCAGUGACUUCUCCCAUGAGUCCUGGCAUGUUGAGGGAUGUUCCACAGUUCUUGUCUGGACAACUUUCAAGCCAAAGCCUUAGUAGAAGAACAACGCCUUUUGUUCCUAGGGUUCAGAUAAAGCUGUGGUAUGACAAGGUUGGUCAUCAGUUGAUAGUCACAAUAUUGGGAGCAAAGGAUCUUCCUUCAAGGGAAGAUGGGAGGCCAAGGAAUCCUUAUGUUAAAAUUUACUUUCUUCCAGACAGAAGUGAUAAAAACAAAAGAAGAACAAAAACAGUAAAGAAAACAUUGGAACCCAAAUGGAACCAAACAUUCAUUUAUUCUCCAGUUCAUCGAAGAGAAUUUCGAGAACGAAUGUUGGAGAUUACCCUUUGGGACCAAGCACGAGUUCGUGAGGAAGAAAGUGAAUUUUUAGGAGAGAUUCUUAUUGAGCUAGAGACAGCACUAUUAGACGAUGAACCUCACUGGUACAAACUUCAGACACAUGAUGUUUCCUCAUUGCCACUUCCCCAUCCCUCACCAUAUUUGCCACGCAGACAGCUACAUGGUGAAAGCCCUACACGGAGGUUACAAAAUAAAGGCUUAUAUUCUUAUAAUUCAGGGUCCAAAAGAAUCAGUGAUAGUGAAGUCUCUGACUAUGACUGUGAUGAUGGAAUUGGUGUAGUUUCAGAUUACCGACAUAAUGGAAGAGAUCUUCAGAGUUCAACGUUAUCAGUGCCAGAACAAGUGAUGUCAUCCAAUCACUGCUCUCGGUCAGGGUCCCCUCACCGUACAGAUAGUAUAGGACGGACUAGAUCUUGGUCUCCCAGUGUCCCUCCUCCACAAAGUAGGAAUGUGGAACAGGGACCCCGAGGGACUCGAUCUACUGCUGCACAUUAUAAUACCAUGAACCGAAUGGAUAGACAUCGUGCAAUAGAUGACCACUACUCCUUAGACAGAGAGAGGAGGACUAGGCAGGAGAGAAGAGUGCCUAAUACAUAUUAUGACGACACUACCCAUACUCCUGAAAGGUGGUACAAUGGUGCAAGUUCAUGGGCAGAUCAUGUAGUCAAUGGUUCAGCUGAAAACUAUGGGAAUUGUGAAGCACCAGAUAGACAGCCAUAUCAAAGAUCCAGAUCAACAGAACAGCGUCCUGUGCUAGAGCGGACCAACUCCCGCUCCCGAUCCACAGAGCGUCCUGACUCAAACCUCAUGAGGUCGAUGCCUUCAUUAAUGACUGGAAGAUCUGCCCCUCCUUCACCUGCCUUAUCGAGGUCACAUCCUCGAACUGGGUCUGUCCAAACAAGCCCAUCAAGUACUCCAGUAGCAGGACGAAGGGGCAGGCAGCUACCACAGCUCCCACCAAAGGGGACAUUGGAAAGAAACAAUGGAGACAAGGAGAUAGAACCUUAUGAAGAAGGAGAUGAAGAAAACAAGCAUAUUGGAGAGCAGGGGUCAGAGGUUGAGGCAGGUGGUAUGGAUGUAGAAGAAAGAAAUCGUCAAAUGAAAAUAAGCAAGUACAAACAGGCAGCAGGAUCAGACUCCAGGCUGGAGCAAGAUUAUCAUUCUAAGUAUCGGUCAGGACGGGAUCCUCAGCGAGGCUCAGACAAUAUUUCCAAUAAAUCUUCAGACAGUGAUGUCAGUGAUGUGUCAGCUGUAUCAAGGACAAGCAGCGCUUCUCGUUUCAGCAGCACAAGCUACAUGUCUGUCCAGUCAGAACGACUGAGAGGGAACAAGAAAAUAAGUGUCUUUACAUCCAAAAUGCAAAGCAAACAGAUGGGCGCCUCAGGAAAGAACAUGACUAAGAGCACCAGCAUCGGCGGGGACAUGUACACACUAGAGAAGAAUGAUGGCAGCCAGUCUGACACAGCAGUGGGCACUGUGGGCACUAGUGGCAAAAAACGACGCUCCAGCAUCGGCGCAAAGAUGGUAGCGAUUGUGGGUCUGUCACGAAAAAGCCGCAGCACUUCUCAACUCAGCCAAACUGAAGCCGGUGGUAAGAAGCUGCGGAGCACUGUCCAGAGAAGCACAGAGACUGGGCUGGCUGUGGAAAUGAGAAACUGGAUGACACGUCAGGCCAGCCGGGAAUCUACAGAUGGCAGCAUGAACAGCUACAGUUCUGAGGGAAAUCUGAUCUUCCCAGGUGUGCGGUUGGCCUCUGACAGCCAGUUCAGUGAUUUUCUAGAUGGACUUGGUCCUGCCCAGCUAGUAGGACGCCAAACGCUGGCGACACCGUCUAUGGGUGACAUCCAGGUAGGAAUGAUGGACAAAAAAGGACAGUUGGAGGUAGAAAUAAUACGAGCCCGUGGCCUUGUUGUAAAACCAGGUUCAAAGACACUGCCAGCACCAUAUGUAAAGGUGUAUCUAUUAGAAAAUGGAGCCUGCAUAGCCAAAAAGAAAACAAAGGUAGCAAGAAAAACGCUUGAACCUCUUUAUCAGCAACUUUUGUCAUUUGAAGACAGCCCCCAAGGAAAAGUUUUACAGAUAAUUGUUUGGGGAGACUAUGGACGUAUGGAUCACAAAUCUUUUAUGGGAGUGGCACAGAUACUUUUAGAUGAACUGGACUUGUCAAAUAUGGUGAUUGGAUGGUUCAAACUUUUCCCCCCUUCCUCCUUAGUAGAUCCAACUUUGGCUCCUCUGACUAGAAGAGCUUCCCAGUCAUCUCUUGAAAGUUCAACAGGACCUUCUUAUGCUCGCUCAUAGCAGCUGUGAAACUGUUGUCAUAGCAACCAGCGUUACAAAAAAAAAUUACAGGUCGCAAACCCUGGUAACACUGCAUGCUUAAUGUUGUGUCUUCUGAGCCUGUUUCUAGGGCUACCAAGCGAUCCUGUGUUCUCAGAGGAAGUUGCACACAUUGUGCACUAAGGAAGGCCCUCAGGUGAAAGAGUGGAGCUAUUAAGAACUAACAGGUUUGGAGUUCAGUGACACUUAAAUUUUGGUCCAAUCUGAAGCCAUGGAUUAACUAAAAGAAUCAAUGUGUUUCAUGCAACAAAAGUCCUUUUCAAUGGCAUAUCUAUUUUGUUGCUCCCUUUUAAUUGCCCCUGCCCAAAGCCUGGUUAUGCCACAGAAAUGGAGCUACACCCCUCCCCUAUGAAGCCAUGUUACAAGUCAGUGGAAUAGUAGACAUCAGAAGAACAACAGAAGAAUGUAAGACCAUCGAAAAAGAAAAGUCAGCUGUCAUAUGGAACAAAGACCAGAAAAAACUCUUUGUACUCGAAUGCUUUCAAGGUUAUAGUGGCAGGCUUCAUAAUUCCAGCUAUCGCUACAGUGAAACCCCAGAUAUGAUGUUCUCUCUGAAAAAUAAAAUUCUUUGGAUAUACUGUACUGUAUAAAAUUAAAGAAACUUUUUUGCAUGGACACAGAUUUAGCUGAACACUUAAUUAUUUUCUUGGGGCUGCAACUUGCAAAAAAAGAAUAAAUCAGCCAUUUUCAACAAUUUAUAUUAUUUUUAAAAGUAAAUUUCACUAGUGCAUGGUUUUAAAGGGGAGAGAAUGCAACAAGGUGAUACAAAGACACCAUGUUUAUCAUUCUUUAAACCAAUCAUGAUCUGUGUUUUUGCAGACAUAUAUUAAAAAUAAAAGAUGAUAAUUUCUAGCUAAUAUUUAAAAUUCUGUUUAUGUGACAAGAAAUAAGUGUAAUAUAUUAAAUUUAUUUAAAUGUAAAAGGUACAAGCUUUGUAAAGUUCAACAUUAUGUGCAAAUUGUACACUUCUUCCUCCUUUCUCUCUUCUGAAUCUUCCUUUGGCUCUUUUUCCCCCUCUUAUUUUCUAGGAUGAUCCAUUAUAUCCUAAAACUGCUAUCUUUUGACUUAUUACUUUCUAAUGCCUCAUAUUUGGUUCAGGGUUGCAGAUUGUUUUGCAUUUCUGAAUUCUUGGUCAAAAAUAUUGUUUAAGAGCUUACUUUUUACAAGCAUGUUGAAAAGGAUUUUGCAACAUGGCUUGGGAGUUCGUUAAAGUAAUUCAGCAUGUAUUUGAUAAAGAAGAUAUUUGAACUUUUUGCAAUUAAUUGUACAGUGCAUGGUAACAUCUUCAUUUUUUUCUCACCUGCAAAUUGAAUUCUACAGCAAAAUACUGGAAUCUUGUGGCCAUUGUAAUAUGUCUUCAAUAAAUUUGUUUUCAGCACCAGCAUCAUUCAUUCAAGUGUUGAACUAUAAUUUCUUGAAGGUUUUGGAGAUAGAAAAAAAAAUGAACCAAAUGUUUGAUUUUUAGGAACUAAAUUUCAGCAGUUUCAUUUGCAUUGAGCCAAACAAAUUGCUACAUAUUUGGAGUCAUGAUAACCAAGAAAGAUUAUUAAUGCUUCAUAACUCUUCUGCUGUAAAGUUCAGUUUUUCAUGGUUUAUAUUUGUGAUGGCAACAAUGUAAUUAGUGAACUUCAGUCUGCCAUAAAAAUGUCAAACUUUGAUUUGUAGUUGCCUUAAAGAAAGUAGAACAUGUACCAUCGAACAGUAAUUUGACACCAUAAUCACAAGCCUAAAUGCAAAGUCAACAGAUUAUAAAAUAUCUGUCUCCAUGUAGUAGGCAUUUAAUACCAUUGGGUGGGGCUGCAAGUCUAGAUUGCGCAUUCACUUCUCAUAUUUAAGGGGAAGGUAACUGGCUAACAUUUAAUGAUAAACUUUCUCUUUUUUUCUUGCUCUUUAUAUGCCUUUAAUACAUAAUUAUUGUUUAA